AUGUCAGUAUUCAAGUUUUUACGGAUCAUACUCUGUAUGGCCAUCCUUGCCAAAUCUCAGCUGAUUGUUAAUAUUAUUUAUAGUUCUUUCACAAAUCUAGAGCUUGCUUUGAAAAUCUCUUCUUUGCUACUUCAAAACUUUCAAAGUCAUAUUGACUUUAAUCUAACUUAUAUAGAAACCUCCGAAGAUCUAAAGCUGGCUACAGAUGCUUCAAAUAUAGUUUUUGGCCUUAUCUAUAGUGCCUCUUUAUCUGAGCUCAUAAAAGAGCUUGCAGAAGAAAAAUAUUUUAUUAUCGCUUCUAUUGAAGAAACUUCGAGGACAUACUCAGAGUGGCAAUUUUUUAUUCAUAAUUCUUUAAAGAAUCAGAUUGAAGCUUUGCUUUCAAUUGUUUCCUUUUUAAAUUGAGAAACAUUUAUUGUAGUUUCUGACCAAACUUAUAGUGAAGAUGAUGGAUUUUCAAAUUAUUUUUCUAAUAAGAAUUAUCGGUUAUUUUAUUUCUCAAACAGUAAUGAUCAAAGCUUGGCAGAUUUAUUUAUUGGAAAAAUAGUUCAAGCCACCGGGAUAAGAAAUAUUGUAAUUCUAAAUAGAGGGGAAAGUGUAAAAUUACUGCUAAAAAGCUUAGAAAAGCACAAUUUUCUUAAUAUUGGGAGUGGAGCUAUUAUAGGAAAUAAAGGGUUUUGGGGACUUUAUGGUAACGGAGUUGUUAGUUACUGCGAAUCGGGACUAGAAUUAGCGGAUAGCUAUUAUAAUUAUGAAGGUUUAGCAUUUGUGAAAUUUUUAAAACAGAUUCUCAGUUAUAGUUCAACAUACAACUCUUUAACCCUCAAAGAGUUUCUGAAUAAAAAUACAGAGGAUCAUCACCCAGUGUCCAAUUUUACUCUAAUUAAUGCCAAAAAUAAUGAAAAUUUUCUAGUAGGAAAGAUUUUUAAUGGAAUCUUAACACUAAUAAACCCUUUAGUAUACCCAGGAAAUUCUUCAAAAAUUCCAAACUCUCCUACUACAGAUAUUAAUAUAUAA